AUGGCGCCAAUGCACUUGGCAUUGAAGCAGCUGUUGUUGCUGUUGCUCUUCAAAUGUUCGCUUUGUAAGAAAUCUUCUAUUUACAGUCCUUACAACAGCCAAGCACGACUUUACAGUGAAGAUGGCCAUUUGUACAUUGUUGGAGGAGUCCACAGUAAUAUCACACUUAAGACUUCAGGAAAUGGUUUUAUUAAUAUAAACGAUCAUGACUUACUCCAUGUCACUGAAUUGGCAGCUAAGUCUGCAGCUUUUGUACAUAACUUUAAGCAGAAUGUUUUACCAGACAUUCAGUCUUCACAAUCUGGAUCAUUGGAUUCUGGCCUUAUUUUGAGGCUAAGAAGGCUUGAGGCAGCAGUAGCAGGAACUAAUGCGACAAUUUCUCAGGGUGGAAAUGCUGCAGAUUCUAGAAACUUAAGAAUUCUAACGAGAAGAGUGAACUUGAUAGCCAGAGCUGUGCGUGUCCUUCGACUCCUUUUACUUAGGGAUGAAUGUGACAGUGGGCCUUGCCAAAAUGGAGGUACUUGUUUGGAUUUAUUCAAUGGCUUUCACUGUCGCUGCACAUCUCAGUGGGAGGGGGACUUGUGUGAACGUGACGUAGAUGAAUGCACUAAAUUGGCUGGCACAGGUCUAGGCUGCCAAAAUGGAGGUACUUGUAGAAAUCUUGCUGGCUCCUAUGCUUGUACCUGCCCUAUUGGUUGGUAUGGUCUGCAUUGUACUCAACGCACCUAUGAUUGCUCCCUACAGAGUUCUGCUGAACUGUGUGGACAUGGCAUUUGUGUUAAUCAGGGAGGUACUGGCAGAGGAUUUGUAUGCAUUUGUAAUCAGGGUUGGACAAAAAGUGAUGCUGAUGGCGCGUGUACUGUAGACGUGAAUGAGUGUCUUGGAUCUCAUAAACCAUGUUCACAUGAUCCUCCUGUCGCUUGUGUCAACACUCCUGGAUCCUUCCAAUGUUUACCUUGUCCAACAGGAUAUACUGGUAAUGGCUACCAAUGUGCUGAUAUUGAUGAAUGCCAAAUGAACAAUGGUGGUUGUAACACAAGUCCUCUUGUCCAAUGUAUUAAUACAAGGGGUAGUCGAGUUUGUGGUCCAUGCCCACCUGGCUAUAGUGGAGAUGGCAUUACCUGUACUCAAGCUGGAGGAAUGUGUCAAGUGAAUAAUGGAGGUUGUCAUCCAAAUGCUAGAUGUUUGUUCAAUCCAGCAUUGAACUACGUGCAGUGUGUAUGUCCUCCGGGAUAUGUUGGAUCUGGGAUUGGUCAAAAUGGCUGUGUACCUAGUAUUCGAGGCGCAAAUGCUACUUCAGUUUGUUUAAAGAACCCCUGUAGAAAUGGAGGUACAUGUGUACCUAAACCAUCUGGAACUUAUGUUUGUUGGUGUCGUCCUGCAUUUGCUGGACCCAACUGUUCAGUUUCUGUAGAUCCUUGCAAUCCUUCUCCAUGUAAAAAUGGUGGCACUUGUUUAAGAGUUAGAUUUUUAGUGCAUGAACAUUAUCGAUGCUCAUGUGCCAGAGGAUAUGCGGGUCCAACGUGUGCUCAGCAAAUUGAAGGUUGUGUUGGGAGAUUCUUUCAGGCUUCUGGUAACCUCACAUUUCCUCAAAAUAACCAGACAACAUACUUUGGUCGACAACAAGUCUGUGCUUGGACCAUUUAUUCUCCUAAUCGGAGGCAAGUAAUAAAUAUCACUUUUACCCAGAUGAAUAUGGGAAUAUCUCAAAACCCACGGACCUGUUAUGGCACCUUUGUAGAAAUCUAUGACGGAGAAACAUCUUCCUAUCCUCUUAUUGGCCAAUACUGUGGAUCUCAAACUCCAAAACCAAUCAUAUCAACUCACCCAACUGUGUUUAUUACAGCUAAAAUAUCAUAUUUUCGUAUAAGCUUCAGUUUUAACUGGACUACUGUUCCUAGAAAAUGUGGCGAAACUUUGGAUGCAAGUUCCCAUGGGACAUUAUCGUCACCUGGUUCUCCUGGAAAGUAUCCACUUAAUGCACAUUGUGUUUGGAAAGUUGUAGCACCUCUUGGCAAGAGGAUUAGAUUUACUUUUUUUUCUUUAGAUAUUGAAAAUCACCGUAAUUGCACUUUUGAUUAUCUAGAGUUUCGUAAUGGUGGUUCUGAUGUUGGCCCAGUCUUAAAAAAGCUAUGUAAUUCAGUUGUGCCAGAGCCAUUUCUUUCAUCAGGCAAUGAAGCGGUUGUUAUUUUCCAUUCUGACAGCUCAAGAACAGGAAAAGGAUUUCAAAUAUCCUAUUCGCCCACAGAAGGAAUACCAGGUUGUGGUGGCAUUUACACAGCUCCACGUGGCACUAUAUUAGCACCAUCCAAACCAGGAGGAACAGAAUAUCUAGAUGACCUCAAUUGUGAAUGGCUCAUUAGUCUUCCUGUCGGUGAAAGAAUCAAGAUUGAUGUCCCUUCCCUCAAAUUGGAAGUUAAUGUUGGCUGCAACUAUGAUUACCUGACUGUAUUUGAUGGGCCUUCUCAGAGAUCAGGUGUUGUGGGUAGAUGGUGUGGAAAAGAUACAGUUCAGCCAUUUACUUCUUCUUCAAAUGAAGUUCUUGUGAUUUUUGAAUCUGAUUCGACUUACAAUGAUGGAGGAUUUGUACUGAAUUACAAAGCUGUUUGUGGAGGAUUGUGGUCAUCACCUUCUGGUAUAAUACAGUCACCAUAUUAUCCAUUCCACUAUCCAGAAGACAGGUCCUGUACUUACACCAUACAACAACGGAUGGGAUAUUCUAUCAAAUUGAACUUCAUUGACUUUGAUUUAGAAGAUGCAGAUCAAUGCAUAUAUGAUUAUGUGGCGAUUUAUGAUGGUAAUAAUGAAGCUUCUCCUCUGAUUGGAAAGUUUUGUGGAUCUAAUAAACCAGGGCUGAUUGUUUCCAAGCACAAUUUCUUACACUUAGUUUUUACUACUGAUUCUGCAUAUGGUGGAAGAGGAUUCAAAGCUAACUAUACAACAGUAGACAUUAGUUGUGGAGGGAUUUUAACAGACAAAACUGGUACUGUAUCUUCUCCUAAAUAUCCUGAACAAUAUCCAAUGAACCAUACUUGUACUUGGCUUAUAUCUACUCCUCCUGGUACAAUAAUCCAGUUGACAUGGCUGUCAUUCAACUUGGAGAAGUCAUUCAACUGCAACAGGGAUUGGGUUGCAAUAUAUGAUAAGAACCCUAAUCGAGUUACUUCUGGUCAACUUGGUGAUAAAUAUUGUGGAAACACAUUACCACCAGCGAUGACCUCAUCAUCAAAUUUAAUGAGUAUUAUAUUACAUACUGACACAACUGUUUCGGCACCAGGAUUCAGUGCUUCCUAUUUAGCUGUCGAUUCUAAAGAAAUGUGUGGUGGAAACUAUUUAACAGAAGAGGGAGAAAUUCAUAGUCCUAACUAUCCUAACUUAUACCGAAAUAAGUUGGAUUGCCGUUGGACUAUUACAGUUCCGAAUGGUCAGCAAAUAGAGCUUAUAUCUGAAGCAUUCAAUUUGGAACCAAGCAGUUUAUCCGGAAAAUGUAGAAAUGAUUAUCUAGAAAUAAGAAAUGGUGGCUAUGAAAAUUCACCUUUAAUUAAUCGCUACUGUGGUUCUAAAGUAGAUAAGAAUAUUAAAUCUUUGUCUAAUCAAUUGUUUUUGAGAUUUGUGAGUGAUGCUAGUGUUUCUGCUGAAGGCUUCAAAUUUACUUGGAAUGGUGCCAUCAUGGGUUGUGGUGGUGUAUUGACAUCACCAUCUGGUUCUAUAAUCUCGCCUAACUAUCCUCAACCAUAUGGUAAAAAUGGAGAAUGCACUUAUAAGAUUGCAGUAUCCCAAGGAUCAAUGAUACAGCUGUUUAUUGUUGAUAUUGAUCUAGAGGAACAUAGUACCUGUGCUCUUGAUUUUGUUGAGAUUUAUGAUGGUGCUAAUAAAAGGGCACCAAAAAUAGCCAAAAUUUGUUCUCAAAAUCACCCUCCGUCUUUUACCUCAAAAGGCAACUUUUUGUUUAUUUUUUUUAGAUCAGAUACAAGUAGACAAGGAAGAGGAUUCCAUUUAAAAUAUACAACAGUUUGCAAUGUUACAACUAAAGGUUUUAGUGGAAGUAUUGAAUCUCCUGGUUUUCCUAACAGAGAUGUCUUACCAAGGGAUUGUUUCUGGAAAAUUAAUGCACCACUUGGUAACAAGAUCAAUAUUUCAUUUUCACACUAUGAAAUUGGAGAACCGGAAACACCUUGUGACAUUGCUUAUUUGAAGGUAUAUGAAAGCUCAUCAGCCAGUUUAGAACCUAAUCAUUUGAUGGGGCAAUAUUGUAAUACAAGUGUCAUACCUUCUCGUUUAGCAAGUUCCACUGAUGUUGUAUAUGUUUAUUUUAAAUCAACACCUAGGAACAGUUACGGAGCCUUAUUUAGAUUUGAAUGGGUUGUUUCGGGUUGUGGAGGUGUUUUUAAAAGAAACAGUAAAGGUGAAAUAUCAUCGCCAGGUUAUCCAAACGGCUACCCUUUUGAAGUAGUCUGUGAGUGGUAUCUGUCUGUACCCCUGGGAAAUAGUAUUUCAAUUGUGGUUGAUUUUUUGGAUAUUGAAAAUACAAACACCUGUGGAUUUGAUGCUCUUGAAAUCUAUGGAGGUAGUGAUGAUACUGCUCCACAAUUGGCAAAGCUUUGUAAAAAGCUGACUUCAUCCGAUAGUACUGUUAUCUCAGUGUCAGGUAGUAAUGCAUUCAUUCGUUUUAAAUCAGAUUCAUCCAUCAAAGGCAAAGGUUUUCAUGCUACCUAUAAGGAAGUCCUUGACGCACGCUGCGGUGGAAAAUUUGUUGCCGAUUCUGGACUCAUCCAUUCCCACAACUAUCCACAGAAUUAUGAUUCUCAUGAUGAUUGCGUUUAUUUAAUUAAAGUUGAUAACUACCACCGUUUGAACCUUACAUUUACAGAUUUUGAUAUAAAUUCUAUCGAUGGAAAUUGUUCUAAUGGUUAUGUUAAGGUAUUUGAUGGUGAUUCAGAAAGCUCUCCAAUGUUGAGAAAACUUUGUGGUAAUCAACUUCCAACCCCAAUUUUUUCAACAACAAAUACAAUCUUCAUAAGGCAUAAAUCAGAUGGAUUUGCAACUGCUAAAGGAUUCUCUGCUCUUUAUAAUACUGUCUGUGGUGCCAAUAUAAUCACAAACAGCUCUGGUACAUUAAUUUUUUCAGAAUACAAUACAACCCUAAAUUGGUCUUACGAUUCAGAAUGUCAGUGGAUAAUCAAAUCAACUAAAUUAAAUUCAAAGAUAACUGUACAGUUUGUUUUAAUUGAAGUAACCAAUCCAUUCUCAAUUGAACCUAGAACUAACACAUCUGGCAUAAGUCCAGGAGUUAAUAUCUUUGCUGGUGAUGGCAUCGAUGCACCAUUUUAUGGUCAUUACUCAGAAUCUCGAAUUCCUCCAGCAUUUACUGUACCAUCUUCAGCUAUUACAGUUGUUUAUAAAGCUACUGAUUCAACACAAGGGCGCUUCACUAUGGAUUAUUCUGUUGAAGAUACUAGCUGUGGAGGUUUUCUAAUUGGUUUAAGUGGUGUUAUCAGGUCACCAAACUAUCCAGAUCCAUAUCCUAAUAAUGUAGAAUGUGUAUGGACCCUUAAUGCUGCACCUGGAAGCACCAUGUUAUUUGAAUUCACUAAAUUUGACUUACAAAAAAGUGAUUCAUGCAAUGAAGAUUACGUUGAGAUUCAUCAAAAGUCUGUCUCUGGUCCUUUAGUUGGUGUCUAUUGCGGUAAUAAUCUACCAAAACGAAUACAGUCAAACUCAACUCUUUGGGUGAAGUUUAGGUCAGGUCCUGAUGGGAUUGCGGGUGGUUUCAGUGCCAGUUAUUCAUUAGGUUUGGAGAGUGAAAUUGAUGGACUUUCUGGCCAAAUCGGAUCACCUCAAUACCCUCUCAUAUACUAUUCUGAUGUUUCAUACAGUUGGAGAAUCACUGUUAUGCCAGGAUAUGUUAUUAGAAUAGCAUUUCAAGACUUUUAUAUAGAAAAUUAUGGAGAAGAUGCUGAUGGCUGUUUUAAUAAGUUGACGAUAUUCAGUGGUUUUGACAGUACUGCUCCUGUAUUUAAAGAGUUGUGUGGGCUAUCCAUACCUCCUCCAUUUAGUUCUGAAACAAAUGUUAUUUAUGUAUCUCUAGGGAAAAUAUUAAGUUCUGGCACCAGAUUUCUUCUAAAUUGGAUGCUGAUGAAAAAAGAGCCUUCUUCUGUAACAUCAGUUUUACCAGAGGAUGGAUGUAAAACAUUUGUGGAAUUGGCCAGAGGAAAAAAUGAAAGCUAUACUUUUACCAGUCCUGGUUACCCAAGUGAAUACAAAGAUAACGUUAAAUGUGAAUGGAUUUUUCAGGCUCCUAUAGGUGAUCAUGUACGUCUCACAUUCAGUAACAUUCACUUAGAGGCUCACUCACAUUGCUUAUUAGAUUCAAUCGCAAUAUUUUAUGGAGAUCUUGGUAAUGAUGAGGCAUGGACUGAGAUGGCAAGAAUAUGUAGUAGUAAUGAUACUUAUAAAGUCUUUGAAGGAACAAGAUUGGUGAAAGUAGUGUUUACUAGUGAUUCAUCAUUUCAUAAAACAGGCUUUAGUGGUAAAGCAGAAACUGAUUGUGGAGGAGAAGUAACAGGGCCUAAUGGUGUACUCUCAGAGGGACCGUAUUCUAAAUGCCAAUGGAACAUUACAGUAAAACCUAGCCGAACCAUUAAAGUUUCAUUUACUAACUUCAGUCUUAAUGGAAAUCCCCCUUGCACUUCUGGAAAUUACAUUAUACUAAGAGAUGGUGGGAGAGCAGAUUCACCACUUCUUGGUGCUGGUAAAUAUUGUGGAACGUCUGUAAAAGAUAUCAACAUUCCUGAAACUACUAGCAAUAGAUUAUAUAUUUAUUAUCAAAGCAGAGCAUCCGAGGGUAUAGUUAUGAAGUUUGAAGAGAAAUCUAUCAACUGUGGAGGUGACAUCAUGCUCAGCAAAGCUUGGAAAUCUGAAAUGAUAUCCACUCCUAACUAUCCUAAUAUUCCUCCACCACAUACAGAAUGCAUUUGGAAAGUAUAUGCUUCUUCUGGAGAGAGUAUUAAUUUUGAUAUUACAGACAGAUUUGAUAUGACUCCUUCGCUAGGGUGUUUAAAAGAAUAUCUUGAACUUAGAGAUGGUAGUACAGAACAUUCUCCAUUGAUUGGGCGAUACUGCUUAAAAUCUCCAAAUUAUGCUAUUACUGAAGGAAAUGCCCUAUAUGUUAAAUAUUUUACUGAUACUAAUGAACCAAAAGAUGGUUUUAGAGCAAUUGUUUCUAUUGCUAAGUGUGGUGGUACUCUUUAUGAUUCACUAUCUGGUUCAAUCAUGUCACCUGGAUAUCCACAUGCAUAUGAAAGCUACCUCAACUGUACGUGGAGGCUAGUGACUGCUCCAUAUAAGAGGUUUCGUUUAAACAUCAUAUUAUCCUUGGGAUCAUGUUUUACCAACAGCACAGACACUGUAACCAUAUCAGAAGCCACAAAAGAAAACAUAACUUUUAUAGGACCUCCAGUCAUGUCAUUUUGUGGUUCAAAAAACUUAUUUUUACAAUCUGAAACUAAUGAAAUCAUCAUUAAUUUUGUAACAUUUAAACAACCAAUUUACAGUAACAAGAGGUAUUUUAUUAUAAAGUACCACACAAUAUUUCAAAUGUGUGGAGGUAACUUGAAUUUGCCUUCUGGCACUAUAUCAAGUGUUGGUUAUCCCCGAACAAUGGCUAGUCACUGCAGGUGGAAGAUAGCCGUAUCUGAAGAUAGAAGAGUUACUCUCAACAUAUUGGAUUUGGACUUUGAAAAAAGUAUCAAUUUUUCACUUCCCCAAAGACUUACUAUAUACAAUGGCUUUAAUUAUGAAAAUCCAAUUGCUACCUUGACGGGAAACAUGCCUAAUAAAACAAUUUAUGAAUCGUCUGGAAAUAAGAUGUUAUUAAUAUACUCUGCUUCAACUGAAAGUUCUCAUAGGGGUUUCAAAGCCAGUUAUACUUCUUUUUUACCAUCAUUGUGUGGUGGUAAAAUGGAUGCUACUCACAAUGGUUCAUUGUCACUCUCCACAAAAAAGAAUGAAUCAUAUUUAUGCGAAUGGAAAUUUAUUAAUAAUGCACCAUCUAUUCCAUCCACUAUCACAUUCAUCUUUAAUGGAAAUGUUAAUGUUUUAUUAAAAGAAUAUUAUAACUGCUAUGAUGCUUCUUCAGUUAUAUCAUUUAAUGAUAUGGAUGUACUAUAUGGUCAUUUCUGCUCUGAAACUAAGCCAAAUCAGCCUUAUACUGUCUCCAAAGUAAAUGACUUUUCCCUUGUGAAGAUGGUGAAACCAAUCUUCAAACAAGCUAGUAAAAACGUCAGCUUCAAUCUCUCAUGGAAGAUUGACUCCUGCGGUGGUAAAAAAGAAAGAGUUGCAGAGACAGUAGUGAAAAGUCCUGGUGUCUCUACUUAUCCAUCAAAUGUUGACUGUGCUUGGCAUAUAUCUGUCUUGGCAGGAUCAGCUAUAAAGAUUCACUUUGACACUUUUGAUCUUGAAACAGAUUGUAAUCAUGACUAUUUGAAAAUAUUCAAUGGAGAUACUGCUCUCUCACCUCUUAUAAGCCAUCACUGCGGUAAUAUUGUUCCAGCUGACAUUAUUACCCAGUCUAAUUAUGUUACCUUGCUAUUUCAUUCCGAUGGAUCAGUUGAAAAAAGUGGAUUUCAAUUAAAGAUAACUCAAGUUGAUUCAGGAUGCGGUGGUGUAAUGCAUGAGCAUAAUGGUUUAAUCCAGUCUCCUGGUUAUCCCUCAAAUUAUAAAAAUAAUAUUGAAUGUGAAUGGGAAAUUAGGGCAGAAUCUGGGAUGCAUAUUGGUCUUGUAUUUGAAGGUAGAUUUUUUAUUGAAGAAAGCUCUGAUUGCCAAAAGGACUACAUUGAAAUAUCAGAUUAUGUAAAUGACCAGUGGAAAACUCUCAAAAAAGCUUGUGGAAGGGAAAUUCCUAAACCGCUGAAUUCAACUUCUAACAGAAUGAGAAUAUUUUUUAGAACUGACAAUGCUGUCACGGCAGAUGGUUUUAAGGCUACAUGGGAGUUUAACUGUGGUGGAGUGAUAAAUUUAGUAGGCCCUGGUCAUAUCUAUUCUCCCGGAUGGCCCAACAACUACUAUAAUUUCCUAGAUUGCAAUUACACUUUAUAUGCUCCAAAAAAAAUUAUAACUGCUACAUUUGAAGCAUUUUCUCUGGAAGAAGCUUCUCCUCAGGGUUGUACUUUUGAUAAAGUUCAAAUCUGGACUCAAACUGAUGAAUACGAAGACUUGGAAAGUAUUGGUAGUUAUUGUGAUAAAAAUAAGCCACCUGAUCAAACAUCUAUUAAUAAAAUGGUUAUCCACUUCACCACAGAUUUGUGGCGAACUAGCUCAGGUUUUAGUAUUGCUUAUGAUAUUGGAAGCUGUGGUGGACACAUAACUGAAGAAACUAUCAUUUCUUCUCCAAAAAUUAAAGAAGUGGUAGUAGAGGCAAAAUGUAUCUGGAAUAUAACAGCUCCACCUGAUCGAGUUGUUCUAUUAAAACUUAUCAACCUGCGACUGUAUAUUAGUACAAAUUGUUCAUCAGAGAGAGUUGAGGUUUGGGAUACAUCUAAAUCCUCUGCUACUACAAAUGGAACAAUGUUGGCAAAGGUUUGUGGAUCUUCUAACAGUUUUCCUGUUUUCCGAAGCUCAGGAAAUAAAAUGUUUGUGUCUUUCUUUUCCCGUUUCCUACGAAGGAAUAAAGGAUUUAAUGCCAUUGUUUCUUUUGGCUAUGGUGAGAAGGUAGGUUGUGGUGGAAUGUAUUCUUUAACAGGAGGUAAAGCUGAUAGUGAACAAAUAAUAACCAACCCAGACAUUAACAAAGAUGGUAAGUAUGAGGAUGAUAUGGACUGCCAUUGGGUGGUAACAGCUCCAAGUGAUGUAAAAUUAAUCGUUGAUUUUCUUAAAAUGGAUUUGAAACCUUGUGAAGGAAAUUCUUCAAAGAUUCGCUGUUGUGAUGCUCUUGAGGUCUAUGAUGGUCCAAGUGAAAGAAAUGAGUUGAUCGGCCGUUAUUGUGGAACAUUAAUUCCAAGGUCUCUGUCAUCAUCCAGUAAUUAUCUCGCUUUCAGAUUUGUAUCUGAUGGGAUUGGCCAGGCUCAAGGAUUCAAAAUUAGUGUGAAGCCUCAUUUCUCUUCUUGUGGUACAUCAAUUGUAAAUGUUGAAGAAACUCCAAAGUUUCUUACUUCUCCAAACUAUGAAGACAAUUAUCCAAUCAAUAUAAACUGUCGUUGGUUAUUGGUUGGAUCCAAGUACAGGUUCAUUAAAAUACACUUUGUUGAUUUAGACAUUGAAGAUACUUCAGACUGCAGUGGAGAUAGGCUGGAAAUAAUGGAUGAAGGUGCAAUACCCUGGAAGUAUGCGGCUGGCAACAAUGACACUCAUAGACUGAUUUUUGAAGGAAGCCACAUGUACAAGAUGAAUGAUCCUCAGUCAAGUGCGAUUAACAUGUUCUGUGGAAAGAGUCAUCCAUUAGACUAUUAUUCAUCUUUCUCCAGUAGAGUGAUGCUUCGGUUCAUCAGCGACUCACAAAGGACUUCAAAGGGCUUUAAGAUUCAGUAUAGUUAUGCUAGUUGUACUCAUAACUACACUGCUCCCAGUGGAAGAAUUGUGUACAAACCAAUCAAAGAGAAUUGUACUAUGACAAUUACAACUUUUGGAAAUAAAACUAUUUCUUUAUAUUUUGUCUUUAUUUCUAUUGCCAAAGAUUUUGAAGGAGGCGUUUGCAAAAAUAAAUUACAGUUUUUUGAUGGAACAAAAAAAAUUAAUGAAAUAUGUGGUGGUUGGGAAAUUCCUCCACCAAUAUUUACCGAAAGCAAUUCUUUGAAAAUGGAAUCUACUAUUUUUGGAACGUCUUCUGGCUUUGACGUUACAUACACUACAACUGAUCAAGGUCGUGGUUGUGGUGGCAGUUUUAAUAAUGUUGUCGGAGCAUUUACAAGUCCGAUGUAUCCUGGCAACUUCAGGAACUAUUCUUAUUGUUGUUGGACAGUUACUGUGCCACCCCCUGGUGUCCCGAGCAUCUUCUUUUAUGAAUUUGAUCUUGGUACUACAGCCACUUGUGACUCAGAUUAUUUGGAGCUCUUUGAUUUGACAUCGAGUGGUGAAAAAGUUCAAAGGGGCCGAUAUUGUGGUGGGGACAAGCCAGCAAAGUUUCAAGGAAAAGACCAAUCAGUUUCUGUUUGCUACAAGACUAGCAUUCACAACAGUGGGAUUGGGUGGAGCGCCAGGUGGUUAUCAGUUGUCGAUGUGGAUGUUGGGAGUGGAAAAUGAAGGAUCGGUGAUUCCACAAAGGCCAUCAACUGUAUAAUAAUUGUACAUUUGUUAUUUAACUCUAUAGCAUUGAAGUACUUUUAUAACGUAUAAAUAAAGCAUUGUCAUCUCAUUUCCACUUACUUUGCUUAUAAUUUAUAAUAAGUUUAAGUGUACUGCUGCUGAAUGUAUGUAUAUAUUCUUGUUUAAUAGAUUAUAAUAUAAAUAAACUUAUUUGUUUUAUGUGGAUUUUAUUAGCACAGG